ACAAAGCAGACUAGAACGAAUAAGAUAGCAUAAAAAAGUGGGAUAUGUAAAGCAGAAAUUUUACUUUCACAGAAAAUGCUCAAAUACAAAAGGAAAAGAAAAGAAAACCUUUGAGCAUAAUUGAAACUGAGACCUACAGAAUGAGGAUACUAUUCACAUAACUUUAAUGUUUAAGCCAAUUGGCUCUGCUUUACGUUUUAUCUCUGAGGUAAAUUUCACCUACGAGAAGGUAAUAGGGAGCAAGUUUUUAGCUAAAUGUUGCUAAAAUCCAGAGUUAUUAUUCCAUUAACCUAAUUAGCUGAACUGUAUCCUCUAAAGGUCUAACCAAGAACAGCUAAUGUUUCUUACAAUCUGGAAGGAAAAUUUGAAGGGCAUUAAGAUUGGGAGACAAAGAAGAAUGACAAAAAACCUAAGCAAGACUACAUUAGGUCAAUAGCACGAGAUGCAUGUAAUCUGGUCCUAGAAAGCAAUAAAUAGUUUCGGACAAAAUCUGGAUGGAAAAGUCAAAUGUCUUUCUUUCCCCAUUAAAGUUAGAAAAAAGGAAAAAGAAAAAAAAAUAUAAGCCUAUGGAUUGAACUGUACAGUUGUGCUGCCAUACGAUAACACCAGUGUAUAUGUAAAAUAUAGAGGAUCAAAUCUCAUAAACUAUACAACAUUGUCGGUUGAUUCCCAUAAAUUAAGGAAUCUUGUUGGUUUCGAACACUCCCUUCAAGCUUGUUCAAACAUGUCUUCCAUACCCAACUUGCUUAUCAUGGAACUAAAAUUGUUGGACUAAAUACUCCUUUUUGAAGAUGUUGGCAAAAAGGAACUUCUAAGAAACAGCAGGUGUACAAAGUAGACCACUGUCAAAUUUUCCCUCUCAGAAGUGUUGAUCUAUUUUGAUGCGACUGAUUCCGAAAUGUUUUACCAGCAAGAUUUUAAUCCACAAAGUGCUCACAUAUUUCUAAUGGCAUGGCUCAAAAUUUGGCACUAGCACUAGAUCUGGCAAAAACAUUUCGCUUUUUACUUCUCCAAGUUAACAAAUAUCUGCCCGAAAACGUAAAAUAUCCAGAGGUAACUUUCCAUUUGUUAUAAAGCGUGCCUAAUCGAUAUCCAUAUAGACUUAACCUCCGUUGGAUUUUAUAUGCAAUAAUAGAGAAGUGAAAGAGAGAAAUCAAAACAAUUAUUUAACGUUAUUCGGCAAUGUGUCUAUGUUCACAAGGAGCAAAGUGAAGAUAUUUUAUCUGGUUACAUUAUCUAUAUUUAUACUAUCACUAGUUUAAGCUCAUGCAAGACUUUAGGGCCCCUACAAGAAAAUACUUCUGUACCGUACUGCGAGGGCAACCCCAACCUAUUCAGCGUCCUGGCAAACAAACAGUAAACUAAAACCUGAAAUAGUCGAUGCCGUCACUUUGCUUCGGCAUCGGCUAAUUUGAUUCAGUAAACAUGUGUUUCACUCUAUAUGAGCUACAUACACAACAAUCUUCACCUUGACAAAUAUCUACCCUGCAGGAGAAACAUUGAAAAAGCAUAACCCAAGGAAAAUACCAUCUAGGACCAACAGGUUGGAACAUCACCUCUCUAACACCUAGAGACGUUAAUCAAGUUCUCUGAGGUAUGCACCUUAUCUAACAACAAUUCUGCUGAGGUAACCAACUUUUUUAUCUUGUGAAAUCUCAUAUUAAUGUGCUUGAUUCUUGCAAGGUAAAUUUGAUUUUUGCUAAGAAGAUGGUGCACUGAUUAUCACAAUAUAAUUUCAUUCCAACUUGCUUGAUCCCAAGCGCACUGACAAGCCCUCCCAACCAUAGUAAUCCUUGGCCGCCUCAGUUGCCACCAUGUACUCUGCUUCAACUACGGAUAAUGCCACAAGUGACUGCACCAUUGAUCUCUAACAUAUAGGCCCACCUGUGAGAGUGAAAACAUAACAUGUAUGCGACCUCUUGUCAUUCAAGCCUCCUACAUUAUCUGCAUCUAUGUAUUCUUAAGCUGAAAGGUUGUCUCAAACAUGAUCCCACACUCCAUUAUACCUCUCAAGUACCUAAAAAUCCACUUUAAGAUCUCAAAUGCUCUCUAUCGAGAUUAGCAUGUACUUGCUCACCACGCAUGUGCUAAAUAUUGUCUGAUACACACCAUUGCAUACAUUAAACAUCCCAUUGCGCUAGCAUAGGGCACAUUUGACGUCUCUACAAUUUACUCUUCAUUCUUUGGGCACUGAUUACUAAACAAUCUGAAGUGAUUUGCCGAUGGUGUAUCCAUUAGUUUUAGCGUUUAGUAUCAGAUAUGCUAAAUCUCUCUUAACACUUUCUACAAAUAAUUUUUUUGAGACACCCAUAAUUUUUUGGCCUUCCUAUCUCUGUUCAUCUCCAUGUCAAAGUUUUUCAUAUCAAACUUACUGCUCAACAAAAAUUUUAAUCUACCUACCUUAUUCAUGUUCUUAGCAGCAAUUAGCAUGUUAUCCACGUACAUCAAGAAAAUAUAUGAAUCAUACUCAAGAACUCUGUAGUGAACAAAAAAUAUACUCACAGCGACUCUAGCCCAUCUAAAUCAUGUAGGAGUUUGAUAAGAACAAAUUCUAGAGAAGGUUAAAUGGAAGCAAAAUGAAGAACACUAUUGAAAGUUUACUAGUACUGUAAAGGACUGAUUACAAGGACUUGAUUGAAGAAGAAAAAUUACAAGAACUAUGAGCUAUUCGAGAGGCUCAUUCUCUCCCAAGUUUGGCUAGUAUUUUCCUAUUUAUUGUUGUUUAUUCCUUGCCUUUUUAUAGUAGCUGCCAAUCUUCUAGAAUUCACCUUCUAACGGUCUGCACAUGCUGGUAGUUUUUAGUAGCUCACGUGAUUUCCUUUUGCUGCACUGAUUCAUUUCCCAAACUGCCCUUAUUCUGUUUCUCCUGGCCACGUCUUGCAUAUGUCAUUGUAAUUGGUAACCUAUCAGAGUUGAAUUUCUUGUAUCAUUGUUGUGGAGAUUACUUAGGCCCAUAUAAAGACUUUUUUCGUUUACACACAAGAUUUACUACUCAUGGUUCCAAAAACCUUUCUGGCAACUCCAUGAAAAUCCGCUUCUCCAAAUUACCAUGGAGGAAAGCUGUCUUCACAUCAAGCUGCUCUAAUUCCAAAUCAGAACAGGCCAUCGUUGCCAAGACGAUCCUGAUGGAAUUGUGUCAAACAGCCAAAGAGAAAAUCUCAUCAUAAUCUACUCCCUUUCUCUAUAAGUAUCCUGUAGCUACUAGCUGAGUUUUGUAUCUUUCUUCUCCCUUUUCUGACAAUAAAUCUUUCUUUUUGUAUACCCACUUACAUCCUAUCGAUCUCUUCCCCGCUGGAAGCUCAACCAAAUCUCAGGUAUCAUUUUUAUGCAAUAACUCAAUUCUCUCCAUCAUAGCCUCUAUCCAUGGACUUUCGCAUUCGACUGUAUAGAGAUGAAAACGGGGCAAGGUAGUCCCGUACUUGCCCCAUUACCCAUUUAAGGCGGGGUGGGGAGGGACGAUUGCCCCGUUUACGUACCUACCCAACAUUUUGGUUUGGAGAAAGUGAAAUAGCGGAGAUACGUUUCCAAUGUGCUGUUGAUCACCUCAUAUUGACCAUCUAACUACAAGUGAUAAGCGGUGCUAUGACAGAGUUACAUGGCUAGUAAUCUAAAAAAUUCUUCCUAAAAUCUACUUAUGAAUAUUUUAUCCAGGUCAAAUACAAUCUGGCUACCUUGGGCAGAACUAUGGCAUAAUACGUUCUAUCACACCUCUUCUAAAAUUACCUCGUUCCAAAGCCUAUAUGGACAGAUCCUCCAAUGCUAUGAGGUUCGAAAAGGGCUCUACUCCAUUUUCCAUAGUGGAAUAGCUGUUGGAGAGGGAUCAGAUGUUGGAUGAAUUGAGAGCUCAAUUACUGCGCACUCAAACUCAUAUGAAAUGGAUAGUAGAUGUGAAGAGAAGGAAUGUUCAAUUCAACGUAGAGGAUGUAGUUUAUCUUAAGAUACGUCCCUACAGUCAUAAGCGGUCAUCGUGGCCAAAUGAAAAGUUAGCUCCUAGAUUUUAUGGACCGUUUGUAGUCGAGAAGAAAGUGGGGCUAGUAGCUUACAAAUUAACACUCCCAUUCAAUUGCCACAUUCUCGUUGUUUUCCAUGUGUCUCAAUUGCGUAAAGCUGAAGCAAAUUCUCAAUUGGUGAUCCAUAUUUCGAGCCAAUUGAACGAGGAGUUGGAGAUGUUAGUGGAACCUAAAGCUGUGCUAAGAGUUCGUCCUAGAACGGGAAAAAAUAUUAGGAGCAUUGAAGCAUUGAUACGGUGGAAAGGAUUACCUCCCCUAGAGGCAAUUUGGGAACCAUACCAGAUGUUGAAACCACAGUUUCCAGACUUUCACCUUGAGGACAAGGUGAGUUUCGUGGGGAGGAGUAAUGAUAGGCCACCCAUCCAAAUUAAGUACACAAGACACAAGAAAAAGGCAAGGGCAGAAAAGGAAUAUAAUGAGGGGAUAAACAACCAGCACAUGGGCACAACAGAUAUAGUUGAUAAAGUUGUUACAGAUCCACAGGUAUGUAAGAAAGAGGAGAAGAGAGGCAUACUGGAGAAUAGAAGAGUCUGUAGGAGGGCAUCGAACUCUCCGAAGUUCAAAUAUCAUUCUAUAUCUCGUUUUGAGUAUAAAUCAUUAUCUUACAUAUAGUUGUUGAAUUGCUGCUUAUCAGUACCUUUAUUUCAAUGAAUUCCUACCUUCAGUGAUACAGAUUGCAGUUAAUUAAGACUUCAUCUUGUUCUAUUUUUUCUUUUCUCUGUAUUUGUGCUUUUAUCCUGUGUGUUGGCUGCCAUUACAACGGGAACCUAUCAGAUAGGUAUUUCCAAUUGUAUGCAUAAAUGUAUGUCCAGGAGCUGGUAGUUAAAAAAAGUAAAAUGUUAUAAAUGAACUCGAUUAUUGUCGCACCUAAGCUCCC